CCGCCGCCUGCCUCCGCCGUUCGGCGGCCUCCCCUCUGUCGGUCUCCUCCUCCUCUCGGGCCCUCGGGGCGCCCUAGAGUCCGCGCGCCGAAGAGCGGGGGCUGCCGCGCACCGCAGGACACGCGCCGCGACAGGUCCGGCCCGGGGAGGCGCCCUGUGCGCCCCUCCCUCCUCGCGCCCGCCGCGCUCCCCUCCCCCGCACCGGGGUCCCCGGGGCUCAGGGCCGCGCGUCCAGCCCGGGACGCGCUGGGGGGUCCCCGAGGAGGUGCCAGCCUGGCCGAGGCGCGACGAUGGAAGAUCCACAGCGCGCCCAGCCGCAUACGGUCACCACCACCGCCAGCUCCUUCGCGGAGAACUUCUCCACCAGCAGCAGCAGCUUCGCCUACGACCGGGAGUUCCUCCGCACCGUGCCCGGGCUCCUCAUCGUGGCGGAGAUCGUUCUGGGGCUGCUGGUAUGGACACUUAUCGCUGGAACUGAGUACUUCCGGGUCCCCGCCUUUGGCUGGGUCAUGUUUGUAGCUGUAUUUUACUGGGUGCUCACCGUCUUCUUCCUCAUCCUCUACAUAACAAUGACCUACACCAGGAUUCCCCAGAUUCCCUGGACAACUGUGGGUCUGUGCUUUAAUGGCAGUGCCUUCGUCUUAUACCUCUCGGCCGCUAUUGUGGAUGCAUCUUCCGUCUCCCCAGAGAGGGACAGCCACAACUUCAACAGCUGGGCUGCCUCAUCGUUCUUUGCCUUCCUGGUCACCAUCUGCUACGCUGGAAACACAUAUUUCAGUUUUAUAGCUUGGAGAUCCAGGACCGUACAGUGAUUUGCCAUUUUGAGAAUUAAGAAAAGGGAACAAAAGGAAGACUCUCACUGUAAAAACAGCUGUAGGUAUAAUGUAUAUUUCCAAAGAAUUGUAUUUAACUAAUGUUUUUAUAUACUUAGUUAAAUUUUGCUCCCUGUGGUUUGUUACAAUUAAACUGGAUACUUAUUUGCAAAGUGCUGUGGCAUAUAAUGAGCUCUUAAAGAUUUUGUUGGUGUCUCCAUAGACCUUAUUUUCUAGACAAUGUAUAAAUAGAUAAAUUGCUAAUAUUAAGAAAGUGUCAAGUUUGUAAAUCCAACUUUUAAAAUGCCACAUUUUUGUUUUUUGAUUAAAUGUUUCAAAAUCCUGG